GAAAAGAAAAAAACAAAAGCAAACCUCUCACUCACUUAGCUCACACACCACCGUAAAGAAACUCCUCUUCCUCCUCCUCCUCCUCCUCCUCCCUCUCUCUCUUCUUCUUUCUCUCUCUACCAAUGUCCCUCAACCCAGCAUUCUCUCCCUCCUUCUUGAUCUCGAUCCUGCUCUCCAUUCUCUUGCCCGCUCUCUCCGCCACACACUACCCGGACCCGGAGCCGGCCAUUGUCCAGCCGCUCCAUGUGAACCCAUCGCCGCCCGCCACCAUCCCCGCCUUCCCGGAGCAGUCCGACGCCGCGGGCUGCCCCCUCGACCUCCCCGACGAGCUCUUCCGCGGGGUCCGCUCCGCUUGCGGCGGCGGCGACGGCUCGUGGGGGGAGCUCCGCCGCACACGGUGCUGCCCCGUGCUGGCCGCGUGGCUCUUCUCCGCCUACUCUUCCACCGCCCUGGGCAGGGCAGGGGCCGCCUCCGGCGGCGCCUCGGGGGUGGCAGGCCGAGCUCCGGCGUACGACAUGCCGCUGCUUCCGGACGACUCGGAGACUUGCGUGGACGGCCUCGGGAAGGCGUUCAGGGAGAGAGGGGUCGAGCUGGCGAGGCCGAACGAGACGUGCGACGUCGUGUACUGCUACUGCGGCAUAAGGCUGCAUCCCCUGAGCUGCCCCGGGGCGUUCUCGGUGACCCAGCGAGGGAGGCUGGUCGGGGACGAAAGCGUGAGGAGGUUGGAGCGAGACUGCCGGAGCGGGAACGGGUUUCCGGGUCUGGGCGGGUGCUCCAAGUGCUUGAACAGUCUCCAUCAGCUCAACCAGAACACUUCCUAUUCAAGCAAACUGGAGGAGGACAGGACCACCAAGAUGCGCAACAAGGAUUGCCAGCUGAUGGGCCUCACGUGGCUCCUUGCCAAGAACCGGACCGCCUACAUCCACACCGUCUCCGCUGUCCUGCGGGCCCUUAUGACGACCGAGGAGAGCUCCUCCGACCCUCAGUUGUGCACGCUCAGUAGCGACGGUAUGCCCUUGGCAGUCGAUUCCUCGGAAAUCUCCGGCAGCUCGUCACUGCGCGCUCUCCGAUCGCCCUUCUUUUUCUUAAUUGCGUCACCGCUAGCACUCUCGCUGGUAGAUUGGCGCUUUGCCGUAUGAUCAAUAAUUGUACUUAAUUAACCAUUUAGCUCAGCAGAAAUUUGUUCAGUGAAGUACUUCCAAUUGGUGUCAAUUUCGUCUGUUGGCUCUUGUUUUUAGCACUGUGGCAUGUGACAUUGCCAGUUGCUAUAUUCUUUCCUUCGUAGUUUUGUGGAAUAGAUAAGGUCUUUGAUCC